CCGGCUCGCGUAUAAAAGGUAUUGUCAUCAAACUGUGGACAUCAUUCGCAUCUUCUGUUCUAUCAGAAACAACAACCAAACAAACCAAACAUGUACAAAAUCGUGUUCUUCUUCGCCACCAUCGCUAUGGCUGCUGCCAAGCCCAGCCUGGCCCCCGCUGCCCUCGUCGCACCAGCCCCAGUCGUGGCUGCUGCUCCCUUGGUAGCUGCACCAGCGCCUGUCGUCACCGCCUCCAGCUCCCAAUACAUCGCAAGGAACUACAAUGGAUUGUACGCCGCCGCCGCUCCCUUAGUUGCCGCUCCUGCCCCGUUAGUCGCUGCCCCUGCACCGUACGUGGCCCAUGCUGCCAGGAUCGUAGCGCCCGCUGCUGCUCCCUACAUAGCCGCUGCCGCUGCUCCAUAUGUGGCUGCUGCCGCACCCGUGGUGCCCGCCUAUGCCCGCUACGCCGCCCCCUACGUCGCGGCUGCUCCCUACCUCGCCCAUUCCGCUCCCUUCGUAGCUCUCAAGUAAAAAUGACGACUCAAACCUAGGCCCAUUGUUAUAAAUGUAAUUAAAUAAACUGUUUUGUAUACUUUAAA